UCUCCCUCCCUCAAACGGACCCAAAAGCUGAGACACAGAGAGAGCGAGAGAGCUGAGAGAGAUAGAAGAACAGGGGGAGAGAGAGAGAGAGAGAGAGAGAGAGAGAAGCUUUCACUUUAUCCCCCCACUCCGCAAAAAGCUCGGCGGAGAUCUCUAAAAGCCCUCGAUAAUUCUCCCUUUCAUGUGUUAGUGGUGUUCCACUGAAGAUGAUGAUAUCGAGGGGCUUGUUCGGGUGGUCGCCGCCGCAUGUACAGCCUCUGACGCCGGUGUCGGAGGUCUCCGAGCCGCCGGAGUCGCCGUCCCCAUACCUCGACACCAGCGCCGAGACGGGGGUUCCCGUCGAGGUCGAGGAUGAGAUCGAGGAUGAGGCCGAGGAGAUCGAGCCGCCGCCGGCCGCCGUCCCCUUCUCCCGCCUUUUCGCCUGCGCCGAUCGCUUCGAUUGGGUGCUCAUGGUCGUGGGAUCCCUGGCCGCCGCCGCCCACGGCUCCGCGCUGGUGGUCUACUUGCAUUACUUUGCCAAGAUUAUUAACCUUUUGAGGCACGAACCUCCCGUCGACGAACAUCUCGUCAACGACGGGUUCACUGAGCUUACUUUGACCAUUGUCUAUAUUGCCGUGGGUGUUUUUGCAUUUGGCUGGAUAGAGGUUUCAUGUUGGAUUCUUACUGGAGAACGACAGACUGCAGUGAUCCGAUCAAAAUAUGUUCAAGUAUUACUAAAUCAGGACAUGAGUUUUUUUGAUACGUAUGGGAAUAAUGGAGAUAUUGUAAGCCAAGUAUUGAGUGAUGUGCUGCUUAUCCAGUCUGCACUUAGUGAAAAAGUUGGAAAUUAUAUUCAUAACAUGGCUACCUUCUUUUGUGGCCUUGUGAUUGGAUUCAUCAACUGUUGGCAGAUUGCCCUCAUUACUUUAGCUACCGGUCCAUUUAUUGUUGCUGCAGGAGGAAUAUCAAAUAUAUUUCUCCAUAGGCUUGCUGAGAAUAUUCAAGAUGCAUAUGCUGAAGCAGCAAGCAUUGCUGAGCAGGCAGUUUCCUAUAUUAAAACCUUGUAUGCAUUUACAAAUGAAACAUUGGCCAAGUAUUCUUAUGCAACAUCACUGCAAGCGACAUUGAGAUAUGGUAUAUUGAUCAGUUUGGUACAAGGACUUGGACUCGGAUUUACAUAUGGGCUUGCCAUUUGUUCUUGUGCCUUACAACUUUGGGUUGGAAGAUUCCUUGUUGCACGUGGAAAUGCUCAUGGUGGUGAAAUCAUAACUGCUCUGUUUGCUGUAAUUUUAAGCGGCCUUGGAUUGAAUCAGGCUGCAACAAACUUCUACUCUUUUGAGCAAGGGAGAAUUGCUGCUUAUAGACUCUUUGAGAUGAUAAGCCGUUCAUCUUCCGUUGUUAAUCAUGAUGGAAUUACUUUACCUUCUGUACAAGGAAACAUUGAAUUUAGAAAUGUAUAUUUCAGCUAUUUAUCCCGUCCUGAAAUUCCUAUCUUGAGUGGGUUCUACCUCACAAUACCUGCUAAAAAAGCAGUGGCACUUGUUGGCAGAAAUGGCUCUGGUAAAAGCAGUAUUAUACCACUUAUGGAGCGGUUUUAUGACCCUACAUUAGGAGAAGUCCUCCUGGAUGGAGAGAAUAUAAAGAACCUCAAACUGGAGUGGCUAAGAAGCCAAAUUGGUUUAGUUACCCAGGAACCUGCAUUGUUAAGUCUUAGUAUAGGAGACAACAUUGCUUAUGGGCGGCCUGAUGCUAAAUUGGAGCAGAUUGAGGAAGCUGCUAAAAUUGCUCAUGCUCAUACGUUUAUCAGUUCACUUGAGAAAGGGUAUGAUACACAGGUGGGUAGAGCUGGCUUAGCAUUGACAGAUGAACAGAAGAUAAAGCUCUCUGUGGCUAGGGCUGUGCUUUCAAAUCCAUCUAUUCUUCUUCUUGACGAAGUUACUGGUGGACUUGAUUUUGAAGCUGAAAGAUCUGUUCAGGGGGCUCUGGAUCUCCUCAUGUUAGGUCGGUCAACUAUUAUUAUUGCUAGGCGGCUUAGUCUUAUAAGGAAUGCUGAUUAUAUAGCAGUGAUGGAAGAGGGACAGCUUGUUGAAAUGGGCACACAUGAUGAGUUAACGACCUUGGAUGGCCUUUAUGCGGAGCUUCUUAGAUGUGAAGAAGCUGCAAAACUUCCUCGGAGGAUGCCAAUGAGGAACCAUAAGGAAAGAACAACUUUCCAAAUUGAGAAAGAUUCAUCAACAAGUCACAGCUUCCAAGAACCAUCAUCCCCUAAAAUGGUCAAAUCACCAUCUCUUCAGAGAGUUUCUGGUAUGCAUCUAUUCCGGUCUUCAGAUGUUGCAUUCAGUUCACAAGAAUCCCCAGGAGUUCAUAGCCCAACACCUGAGCAAAUGGUGGAGAAUGGUGUGCCCUUGGAAAUUACAGAUAAGGAACCAUCUAUAAGAAGGCAGGAUAGUUUUGAAAUGAGACUCCCUGACCUACCCAAAAUUGAUGUUCUGCCAGGGAACAAACAGGCAUCUAAUACUUCUGAUCCUGAAUCUCCUGUAUCACCUCUUUUGACUUCUGAUCCAAAAAAUGAACGUUCUCAUUCGCAAACUUUUAGUCGGCCACAUGGCCAAUCUGAUGAUAUGCCAGUGAAAAUGAAGGAAGCAGAAGAUAGAAGGCAUCGAAAAGAACCAUCACUUUGGAGGCUUGUAGAGCUUAGCUUAGCAGAGUGGCUUUAUGCUGUUUUAGGAAGCACUGGUGCUGCUAUCUUUGGUUCAUUUAAUCCCCUCCUUGCUUAUGUUGUUGCACUGAUAGUUACAGCAUACUAUAGAGAUCAGCAUCAUCAUCUACGAGAUGAAGUAAAUAAGUGGUGCUUAAUCAUUACCUGCAUAGGCAUUGUGACUGUUGUUGCCAAUUUUCUGCAGCACUUCUACUUUGGUAUAAUGGGGGAGAAAAUGACUGAACGAGUUAGGAGAAUGAUGUUCUCAGCUAUGCUCCGUAAUGAAGUUGGAUGGUUUGAUGAAGAGGAAAACAGUGCAGACACCUUGUCGAUGCGCUUAGCAAAUGAUGCAACAUUUGUGAGAGCUGCUUUUAGCAACCGGCUUUCUAUAUUAAUACAGGACAGUGCAGCUGUUGCAGUGGCUGUUCUUAUUGGAAUGUUUCUACAUUGGCGACUGGCACUAGUGGCUUUGGCAACUCUACCUAUCCUAACAGUAUCUGCUAUUGCACAGAAAUUAUGGCUUGCUGGAUUCUCCAAAGGAAUACAAGAGAUGCAUAGAAAGGCUUCAUUGGUUCUUGAGGAUGCCGUUAGAAAUAUUUACACUGUUGUAGCUUUCUGCGCUGGUAACAAGGUUAUGGAGCUCUACGGAUUACAACUACAAAAAAUACUCAAGCAGAGCUUCCUGCAAGGGAUGGCUAUUGGUUUUGGAUUUGGCUUUUCGCAAUUUCUCCUCUUUGGCUGCAAUGCUCUCCUCCUUUGGUACACUGCUUUCUCUGUUAAACAUAAAUAUAUGGAGCUCCAUACAGCUCUCAAGGAAUACAUGGUGUUCUCUUUUGCAACAUUUGCACUUGUGGAGCCUUUUGGCUUAGCUCCGUACAUACUCAAGCGGCGGAAAUCUCUUAUCUCAGUAUUUGAGAUCAUAGAUCGAGUUCCUAAGAUUGACCCAGAUGAUAACUCAGCAUUAAAACCCCCUAAUGUUUAUGGAAGCAUCGAGUUGAAAAAUGUUGACUUCUCUUUCCCAACUCGCCCAGAAGUGUUGGUAUUGAGCAACUUCAACCUCAAGGUCAAUGGGGGCCAAACUGUAGCUGUGGUGGGAGUUUCAGGUUCUGGAAAGAGCACUAUAAUAUCCUUGAUUGAGAGAUUUUAUGACCCAGUAGCUGGUCAAGUUCUCCUAGAUGGCCGAGAGUUGAAGCUUUUCAACUUGAGGUGGCUGAGGAGCCACAUGGGUCUUGUUCAGCAGGAACCAGUUAUCUUCUCAACAACAAUCAGGGAAAACAUCAUCUAUGCAAGGCAUAAUGCAAGUGAAGCAGAGAUGAAAGAGGCAGCUAGAAUUGCAAAUGCGCACCAUUUCAUCAGCAGCUUGCCACAUGGUUAUGACACACAUGUGGGAAUGAGGGGUGUGGAACUAACCCCGGGACAAAAACAAAGAAUCGCAAUUGCUAGGGUUGUGUUGAAGAAUGCUCCUAUUUUGCUAUUGGACGAAGCAAGUUCAUCCAUCGAGUCUGAGUCUAGCCGGGUGGUGCAGGAGGCUCUUGAUACCCUAGUCAUGGGGAACAAAACAACCAUUCUAAUUGCCCAUAGAGCAGCUAUGAUGAGACACGUUGACAGCAUCGUAGUACUUAAUGGAGGGCGAAUAGUAGAAGAAGGUACACAUGAUACAUUGAUGGUGAAGAAUGGUUUGUACGUUCGAUUGAUGCAGCCUCACUUUGGAAAGGGCCUGCGUCAGCACAGACUGGCUUAGGCUGCGGUUGAAUUGAUUGGUUAUUUGUGCUUGGCCUAUACUAGAUCUUCCCAUUUUCCACCUUUUUGCCAAUAUGUGGCCGCCUGCCUGAACAUUCUUGAGAUCUAAGGUUGUAAUCAGAGUUCACCGCAAGAAGAAUGUUCUCGCACUGAUGUUUAUAAUGUGGGGUUGGUGGAAUUGAUGUGAUAAUUGAGAGGGCGGUGGCUCAGGUGGAUAUUCUUGUGCAGAUAUAGGGUGGGCAAGUGUAGGGUCUUCAGAAUUCAGUUUAGCCUUAUGAGGGGCAGACUCUCAAUCCUAGAUGCAUAUUCUUUUGGAGGCAAGCACCCUUAGAUUAGGUUUCUGCUAUGUCUCCUUGGUGUAUUGAUUUGUUAAUCAUAGUGUGGAAUGCAAUUAGUUGUAUUUUGUCUCUGGUGUUUGCUAACCUCUUUCUCCGGUCCAGUUUGUCUCUGUGUGAGAAUUUAGCUCUCUCUCUCUCUCACUCAAAAUCUGUGUGGGCUGAUUCUCACCAAUUUUCCUCUGUACAUCUCUCCCUCUCUUCCGCUUGUGAAAAACUACAGAAUCUUUACAAGAGGAGAAAGUGAAGCCAUUUGUUUAUCUUUCUUUCCUUUAGUGUAUCAGAUGAUUAGACAAUUUAUUUAUUAUUAGAUUGAUAUGUUUCCUAAUGGUGUGCUAGUCCAAUCUUGUGAUGUACAUG